GGGCAUCCCAACGUCACCGGGUCACUUCGAGAAACAGGCUUGGGAGAAGGACGGGCACAAUGCUAAUGGACUAGAAAUGCUAGCUAGUUAGUAGUAGAAAAGCGACGCUUGUUAACGUUGUAUUUUGGAGUAGUACCAAUUCCGAUCAGCUCUGAAAAACUGGACAAGGGUCAUUGAACACCUUGCAAUACAUUAGAAAAUAAAGUUCAAGUGAAGCUUCGACGAAAGAACUGAUUCCUUUCGGGAAUACUGACUUGACGGGCAGUGUCAGUUUGCGCUGUCACACUAGAAUCCGGUUAAAUUAAUACUGUCCAAAAGGACUGGCCUUCUUCAUUAACUGGGAUCAUUUUACUCUUUCUGGAAAGGACGUCAGUUGGUAAUAUUUCAUGUAGGUUGUUGCUGAUUGGAUUUCGGAGAAGAGCCUUGCGGACUGAAGAUUUGUUGGUACAGCGCCUGGAUCCGAAGGGAGAGGAGCGGAGGACAUGGGCACGCCGGGGUCUGGCAGGAAGCGCGCUCCUGUGAAGGACAGGUUUUCCGCCGAAGAUGAGGCCUUGAGCAGCAUCGCCAGGGAGGCUGAGGCAAGACUUGCUGCGAAGCGGGCGGCCCGGGCAGAAGCGAGGGAUAUCCGGAUGAGAGAACUGGAGCGACAGCAGAAAGAGCACUCCCACCACCACUCCUCCUCCUCCUCCUCUGGGAGGAAAUGGGGGCAGAUCCACCAGUGGAUGGCCGACACGGAGAAGGCCCGACACUCCCACAAGUCCAGCAACCACCAUCAUCGGGCGCUGGAUGAUGAUGUGAAAUCAGUUCGUAGCGUUGGGAAUUAUAGGUCGUCCUCCUCUUCCUCACUGCGGGACACGAGCAGCUCUCACCGGAGUCGUGCCAGCACCUCUCGCAGAAGAGACCUGCUGUCUGACAGCCUCCCCAGCACAUCUUCACUCAGACCCUCCCGUUCUUCUAGUUCUGUGUACAGCGACCUCUACGGCCUAAAGAAGACUCCUGUCUCUAGCACCUCCAGGAAGGACCUGCUGACCGGACUGUUCCAUGACCAAAGGAAAUACAGCAGCCUACAGAACAGCAAACCUGUUUCUGCCUAUCAGCCUAGAGCCUGUCCUCCUCUCCCUUCUCUCCCUUCAUAUCAGCCUAGGUCUUCUUCUGUGUACAACGAACCCCUGGGGACGUCCCGGAGCCACAGGGCCACACCCCCCUCCGGCACCGGGCUAACCCGCAGCCAGAGCCUGGCUUCUUUGUAUGAUGACGACCUCUACGGCUCAUAUAAUUCAAGAACUCCCUCUGAGUACAGCUGGGCCUCAGGAACAAGCAGCUCCACACAGAGCAGCCCUGUGUCCUCGGAUGAUGACAGCUCCAGCACCGUAUCCCAGGACCGGUACAGUCGCGGCCGGAGGGACAGCGUGUCCUCUGACUUCUCUGACAUCAGCGAAACGGCGGCUGACUAUUUCAGCCGCUCCAACCGUAGGGGCAGCAUUGUGUCCGACCUAGACGAGCUGAGCAUCCCUGACCUGGACAGCCUGGAUGAAAAAUGUGAUAAGCAGUACACUGAUACGUACAGUCGGCCGUCGUCCCGAUGCACCACUCCGGCCCUCUCGACCGCUGCGCUGGCCACUCUGGGGGGCUCCACGUCCCGGAGGGGGAGCGGGGACACUGGGAGCAUCGCGGACCCGGACGCUUCUCUCACGGAACUUAGGGAUAUCUAUGAUCUUAAGGACCAGAUACAGGAUGUAGAGGGGAGAUACAUGCAGGGACUUAAAGAGCUGAAGGAGUCGCUCUCUGAGGUGGAAGAGAAAUACAAAAAGGCCAUGGUGUCCAACGCACAACUGGACAACGAAAAGGCAAACCUCCUGUACCAGGUGGACACGCUGAAGGACGUGAUCGAGGAGAUGGAGGAGCAGAUGGCGGAGCUGCAUCGGGAAGUGGAGGAGAAGUCUAAGGAAUUGGAAAGACACAAGCACACGUGUACAGUCUUACAGCACAAGCAGGAGGAACUGAAAGAGGGAAUCCGGCAAAGAGACGAACUCAUUGAAGAGAACCAGGCAAUGCGGCAACAGUUAGAUUCCCUCACAAGACAGGUGUUUGAUCUACAGGAAACCGUUAACUGGAAGGAGAAAAAGAUUGGGGCGCUAGAGAGGCAGAAAGAGUACUUUGACUGCAUUAGGAGUGAGAGGGAUGAGCUCAGAGAUGAGCUGGCUGACCUCAAGGGGAAGUCGAAGACAGGAGAGAAACACGGCUUGGUGAUCAUCCCAGAGGACACCCCCAAUGGAGACGUCAGCCAGGAGGCGAUCGGGGGAAGCAUCACUGUGGUCAGCCAGGAGGCAGCACAGGUGCUGGAGUCCGCAGGCGAGGGGCCCCUGGAUGUGAGGCUACGGAAGCUUGCUGAUGAAAAGGAUGAACUCUUAGCCCAGAUCAGAAAGCUGAAAACCCAGCUGGAGGAUGAGAGACAGAAGAGCUCAAAGAUGGAGAGCGUGUUUACAGACGGCGAGCGGAUGGAGAACGGCACAGACCUGCACCUCAUCGAGCUACAGAGAGACACAAACAGACAGAUAAGCGAAUACAAGUUCAAACUCUCAAAAGCUGAACAGGAAAUGGGGACGAUGGAACAAAAUAUUACUAGACUUGAAGGACAGGUCUCCAGAUACAAGGCUUCAGCAGAUAACUCUGAGAAAGUCGAGGACGAGCUUAAAGUUGAAAAGCGGAAACUCCAAAGAGAGCUGCGAACAGCUUUGGACAAGAUCGAGGAGAUGGAGAUGACCAACAGUCACCUAGUCAAGCGCCUGGAGAAGAUGAAGGCCAAUCGAAACGCACUUCUAACCCAACAGUGAGCACAGAGGAGGGAACCUCAACAGGGUCUCACAAAUUCUACCAACUCUGCCACAAGGGGGUUCUUUCAGUCAUAUAGUUUUGUAAAAAACAAAAAACAAAAAAAAAAAAACAUACCACUAGUACUGGCCUUCCCCAUUCUUCUUUUUUUGUUUGUUUUUUUGUUUUUUUUUUAAAUCACUGAGACAAUUGGAUUCACUUGUCAACCGUCUUGCAUCAUUGUAAGGGAACUAUUUACUUUGUGCUGAAAAGGGUCAAAUUUUGGCUGAUUCUAAGGAAAUUUGUUUUAUUCUUCAGACUGUUAUACAUCAUGUUAUUCACAAGGUUUUCAUUUCCUUCCUGGUGGGUGCUUGACUUUUCCUUUUUAUAAAAAUAAGUUGCAUGAUCUGAACUACACUAUACUGCUUAUCACCAUAAAACCUGCACGUGGCUGCUGCAGACACAGCAAAGUGCCUUUCUAAAUGGAGCAAAAGAGAUUGAGGGGUUGCAUUAUUACACUAAGUAUGAAAGUUAUUACUGGUACAGUAUGUGUUUAAAAUAGGGUGCAGUUAGGAUUUUAAAAAAAUAUAUAGAACAAUUAACAGUAUGCUGAAUUCUCAUUGUUGAGGAAUUUUUCAAAAAUAUUUAAAAAUAUUUCUUGGAAUAAAUGUGUAAAUGAAUGAACUGUAUAUACCGGGUGGGUGUUUUUUGCAUGGGUUACGGCACAUCAGAUUAGUGUAAAGGCAGGAUAUUUGUCCUGAGUAUGUGAAGCACAUGGAAAACAAACUACUUUCUCAAACUGCGUCUUCAGUGUUUGGAAAGAGCAGUUUUCAGUCUCAGGACCACACCGUGAUUGUGACUGGGGCAGCUACAACAUUAAACCUACGUAAAAGAAA